AUGAUGGACAGUAAGCUAGUCAGAAGGUUUUCCUUCAGUCCGAGUAAGAAGGCGCCUCCGAGUCCUAGUGGCAGUACCUCCAAGCGGAGAGUCAACUAUGCGGGUUCCAAGUUGCCUCUGCCGGGAUUCGCAUCUCCCGUAGUGCCAGAAGAUGAGGCCACGUCAUCAGGCACCUCUAACGAGUCAGCGAGCCGCCACACAACCGGCACUCCGAAUCUCCUCUCAGCGUUUAGGCCGUCUAGGCAGCAGACGAGUCACGCACCGGCACCCGGCCCCCCUGUCGGGCCACGUGUUCACGCGCAGCCCCAGCCGCGACAGGUGUCGUUCGCGCCGUCGACCCAGCAACAUCCAAUGCUGGUGCCGGAGAUGGCGGUCGUGCCCAACCCUCUGGAGAACGAGAACGUUCUAGUCACCGUCCGGUUCCGCCCGCUCAGUUUGAGAGAGAUUCAGCGUGGAGAGGACGUCGGGUGGUACGCCGACGGCGACAAGAUCGUGCGCAUGGAGUCGAACCCCGCCAUCGCCUAUGCCUACGACAAGGUGUUUGGGCCCGCAACAACGACGCGGGGGGUGUAUGACGUGGCAGCGCAGCCCGUCGUAUCCGCUGCGAUGGAAGGAAUCAACGGAACGGUCUUCGCGUACGGCGUCACGAGCAGCGGGAAAACGCACAGCAUGCACGGCGACCAGAAGUCUCCGGGUGUCAUUCCGCUGGCCGUGAAGGAGGUGUUCAGCAUCAUCCAGGAUACGCCUGGUCGCGAGUUUCUACUGCGGGUGUCGUACCUCGAGAUCUACAACGAGCUCGUGCGCCCUACCGUCGCGCCUGUUGCGCGCCCGCCGUGGCACGGCGUCGCUCAUCCGCCCGCCGUCCCCACGCGUCGUACAUGGCAGGUGAUCAACGACCUGCUCAACCCCGCCGGGCAGAACCUGCGCAUCCGCGAAGACGGUCAGCAUGGCACGUUCGUGGAGAACGUGAAGGAGGAGGUGGUGCUGUCAGCCGCGCACGCGCUCUCCCUCAUCGCCGCCGGCGAAGGCAAGCCCCUCCUCCCCCCAGUCCUCUUCCUCCUCCGCCUCCUCCUCUCCCACCCGCCCUUGCGAGUUUGUGCUGCUCGUCGUGUGUGCAUCGGAUUCACUCUCUCUGCAUCUGUGCGCGCACUUCACCUCGUGCGGCUCACUUGUACCGUGGAGAGCAGCGGGCGGGACUUGGAGGGGUACGAGGAGGUCACCUACUCGCAACUGAACCUGAUCGACCUGGCGGGGUCGGAGAACAGCCGAGCCACGACGGGCAACAACGUGCGGCGCAGGGAGGGCACGUUCAUCAACAAGAGCCUGCUCACGCUCGGCACGGUGAUAUCGAAGCUGAGUGAGCGCAAGCAGUCGCACGUGCCGUACCGGGACUCGAAGCUCACACGUCUGCUGCAGACGUCACUGAGUGGCAACGCGCGCAUCUCGCUCAUCUGCACCGUCACCCCCGCCUCAGGCACGCUGGAGGAGACGCACAACACGCUCAAGUUCGCCUCGCGCGCCAAGCACGUUGAGAUCCGCGCCAACGCCAACAAGAUAUUGGACGAGAAGUCGCUGAUAAAGAAGUAUCAGAAGGAGAUCAUGGCGCUCAAGGACGAGCUCACGCGCCUCAAGCACACCAUGUCCCACGCGCCCGCCCCCCCCGCACUGCCCUGGGGGGCUUCGCCUGGCAACGGCAACAUGGGCGACAGCGGGGGAGGAGACAUGGGCGGGCAGGACCUUGCAGUGCUGCGGGAGAAGCUGGAGGCGGAUCAGAUGUUACUGCAGUCGAGGUUGGAGGAGGAGGAGGAGGCCAAGGCGGCGCUGAUGACGCGCAUACAGCGCCUCACCAAGCUCAUCCUCGUGUCCUCCAAGGCCUCCUCCGCCUCCAAGCCCGCCCCCCCUCAGCACGCCCCUCCCACCGGCCGCCUGCGCCGCCGCCUCUCCUUCGGCGAGGAGGACCUGGCGUACCUGAAGCAGCGGCGCAUGGAUCUGGGCUUCGACCUGCUGGACGACGCCAUGGGCGCGGGGGGAGGCGCGGGGGACGACCUGCAGCGCCUGGGGGGCACGGUGGGCGCAGCAGGGUCGCGCUCUGUGAGCAUGUACAGCGGCGGCAGUGGCAGUGGCGCUGCCUCGCCCCGAGGGACGGGCGCAGGCGCAGAUGGGGGCGGGGGAGGGGGAGGGGACGACGAUGGGGGUCCCAUGAUCCUCAAAUGGCUUCGCUCCAAGAAGGACGGGGCGGGCAGCAAGGACGGGGACGGCGAGGGGGGCGUGCACGCGUCGCUGGCGGGCAGUGAGAACGUGGACCCCAUGCUCGCACUCACUGCCCGCGCCACGGAUGGCAGCAGCGGCACUGCCAUGGACGCGGGCAGAGCAGGCAGUGACAGCGGCCAGUGGCUCACGCGGGUCAGCAGCGGCACAGACAGCUCAGAGGAGCAGGCAGGGGGGGCGGGGGCGGGGGCGCCCAGGAUGACGCGCGCAGUGCGGCGCACGGCGUCGCUGCUCAGUGUGGACGAGGCGGGCGCAGGGGGAGGGAUGGGCAUGGGCAUGGGUAUGGGGGGAGGGGGGCGGUGUGUGGAGACGGUGAGGGCGUCAACACAGGCGGGGGAGUUGUUUCACAUCACAGGCGUGCGAAUCCCAUCGAGCGGCACGACGCUCAUGGACCAGUGCGAGCUGCUGAGAGAGCAGGUGAAGAUUCUAUCAGCGGAGGUGGGAUUCCACACGUCCAACCUGAGGCGCCUCAUCGACAAGGGCGAGAACACACCGCAGGAGCAGCAGGAGAUUGAGCGGCUGCGAGUGGAGCUAGCGGGCAAGCAGCAGCAGCUGCGUGAGAUGGAGGAGCUCAUGCGGCGCAGGCAGGGCGACCAGCCCUCCCCUGCUGCCAGCGCCGUGGGGGGCAGUGAUGGCCUGGGCGUGGGCGCAGAGGCAGACAUGGCCACACAGGAACAGAUGGCCAAGACAAUAGCGAAGCUCAAGGCAGUGCUGAGCGAGAAGACGUUUGACAUGGAGAUCGUGAGUGCAGACAACCGUAUUCUGCAGGACUCGCUCAAGGCCAAGACGCGGCAGGUGCAGCAGCUGAUGGAGGAGGCGAACAUGCUGCGAGUGGAGCUCACGCGCGCCAUCACCACCCGCCACAACGCUGCCAGGGGGCAGGAGGACGCCAACGGGGAGGCUGACGGGCAAGCGGACGCAGCAGGGCAAGGGGAGGGCGAGGGUGGCACGGGGGCAGGGGCAGGGGGCGGUGAGGGGGGAGGGGGUGGCCGGGAGGGCAUGGUGCUGGUGAGGGCGGGCGAGCUGGAGGAGCUGCGGUCGCAUGUGAGGCUGGCUCGGCAGGAGGCGGACAUGCUGCGGCAGCAGCAGCACCAGCUCACCAAGGACCUCGCAGGGGCGCGCUCCCUCGCCCUCACCGCCUCCUGCUCUGCCCCUGCCAGUGCUGGCGCUGCUGGUGGGGCAGAUGGGUCAGGUGCUGCAGCAGGGGCGCCGUCCCUGGCGUCGUUUUUGGACGGGGCGUACAUGAAUGGGCCGGAUGGGCGGGCGGAUCUGAGUGGGUUGCUGCAGCAGGUGGAGGCGGCGAGGGCGCGGGAGGCGCAGUGGCAGGAGCAGCGGCAGCAGCACCAGCUCGUGGAGGCUGAGCUGGCAGCUGCCCGUGCUGAGCUGGCAGCGUACCGAACUGCUGCUGCUGCAGAGGCAGGAGGAGUGGAGAAUGGGGAGGGCGGAGAUGGUGGGGAGGUCGGAGAGAGCGCAGGAGGUGGCGCAGGAGAGGGCAUGAGGAAGCAGGGGGCGGUGGGAGCGGUGGCGGCAGUGGCAGCGCGGCUGGAAGCAGAGAAGGACGCGAUGCUGGCCGUGCGGGAGAGGGAGGUGGGCGAGCUGCAGCAGAGCCUGGCGGCAGCGCAGCAGAGGGAGGCGGCUCUGGAGAGGGACCUGAGCACCAUGUGGGUGCUCGUGGCUGAGCUCAGACACAUGGGGGGUGGCAGUCGCUCCGCCUCUGUCAAGGAUAGUGAGGGCAGUGGCAGGGAGGGCGGUGGGGGCACGGCAGGACGAGGGGGGUUGCUGGACGCGGAGGAGAUGGUGGAGCUGGCGGGCAGCAUUGGGGGCAGCGGGCGGUGGCUGGGGGAGCUACGGAAAGGGGAGAGCAUGCGCAGCGAGGGGGUGGGUAGUGAGGGGGGCAGCGAGGGCGGGGUGAGCCUGUCGGAGCGGGCGAUGGAGUUGAUCCGAGCGGGGUCGGCGGGGGGGUUGGGGGCGCGUGGAGGGGAGGGGGCGAGUGGGGAGGUGGAGGUGCGAGUGCAGAUGGCAGUGGAGCGAGAGACGUGUGCUCUCAAGGAGGAGCUCGCCCACAGAAAGGGCGAGCAGCUGGCGGGGUUGACGCUGAGGGAGCUGAUGGCGCUGGAGGCGGACAUGGAGACAGCUCUCACCAAGCUCGAGGUCGCUAAGGUGCUCUCCCGCCCCUCCCCGUUCUUGCUCCGCCCUCCCUCCUCCUGUCUCCCCUCCCGGCCAUUUUGCUCCUCCCAUCCUGAUCAUUUUACCCGCUUCACUAGAGUUCAUCCCUCACCUCCUCUCUAUAUGACCCUCACAGGCAUACAUACACAAGGCACACAGAAUGAGGCAGCUGCUGUGAGUUCACAAAUGACAGGGAGUGAAGCUACCUGA